AUGUCGGCCCCAGUUACCCAGGUCGACGAAAAGGUUCCAUCACCCGUGCCUCAACGAUCAUCACACGACGGCUCCUCCACCGAUGAUCUCGAGCGCAAUAACAAGGAAUACAAGGCCAAGUCCGGAGGUGCGAGGGACGACAUCGUAGAGGUCAGCAGCGAUGCCGACUCCGAGGAGGCCUUGGCCGCGCAGCGCGCCAGGGAAGCUCAGGAGGGCGGUACAAUCAAGUACCGCACUUUGUCUUGGCAGAAGGCUGCCAUUCUCCUUUUCACCGAAUACGUUUGCCUCGCCAUCCUGUCUUUCCCGUGGGCCUUUUCCUACCUUGGCAUGGCAGGCGGUUUAAUUGCCACCUUUGCCAUCGGUCUUGGUGCGCUUUACACUUCGCUCAUUCUUUGGCGCUACUGCCUCCGUCAUCCUCAGCUGCUCAACAUUUGCGACAUUGGGUAUCAGAUAUUCGGCAAGAGCAAGAUCGCCUAUGAGCUCACCGCGCUUGCUCUCGUUCUGAACAAUGUCUUCAUUAUGGGCCUGCACACGCUGACCGGCUCGGAGAUCCUCAACACUCUCUCCAACCACGGGACGUGCACGCUCGUCUUCUCUGUCAUCAUCAUGGUUCUUUCCAUUCUUCUCACCCUCCCCCGCAAGUUGGAACAGCUCACAAUUCUCGGCAUAAUUUCGGCUGCAUCCAUGUUCAUUUCAAUUCUCCUUGUCCUCAUCUUCCACGGUAUUCAAGGCCCCAAUCCCGCCGUCGACACCUUCGAGGAGCCGGUCUACAUCACUGCUUUCGCUCCCAAGGACACUGGCUUCGUCUCCGGCUUCUCAGCGGUUUUGAACAUCGUCUUCACCUGGAUCGGGCACAUUAUGUAUCCGACGUUCAUUGCGGAGAUGCGCGAUCCUCGCGAGUUUCCCAAGGCGCUCUACGCCGUCACAGUCGCCGAAUUCGUGCUGUUUAGCGUCACCGGCAUUGUGGUGUACCGCUACACGGGUCAGUACACGACGGCGCCAGCCGUAGGAACGCUUCGUCCCGUUUUCAAGAAGAUCGCUUUCGCCUUCGUCCUCCCGACAACAAUCAUCAUUGGCGUGCUGUAUGCGGCCGUGGUGGCCAAGUACCUCUUCGGCCGCAUCUUUAUCGGCACCAAGCACUACAACGAGCACACCGUCAUCGGCUGGGCGGGCUGGAUCGGCUGCGUCACGGUGACCUGGGUGCUGGGCUGGGUGAUUGGCGAGGCCAUCCCCUUCUUCUCGACGCUCCUCUCCUUGAUGAGCGCGCUCUUCGACUGCUACUUUGGCUACAUCUUUUGGGCGUUUGCCUUCUUCGAGCUCUACAAGGGCCAGCUCUGGGUCGGACAGCCGUGGUUGCGAAAACUCGAGACGGCAUUCCAGUUCGUCCUUAUCAUCACGGGCCUGUUCAUCCUCGGACCUGGCCUGUACGUGUCGGUCCAGUCCAUCAUCGACAACUACAACACGGGAAGCGUCAAAGCACCCUUUACGUGCGCAGACAAUUCGCUCUAG